AUGAAUAGAUUACUUUUCAUUAAAAAGUAUGUCAUUUUUUAUUUUGUUUUUGUUUUUUUUUUCGUUUUUUAUCACAUAUUUUAUAAUGACAAGCAAAAAUUAAAAGUAUUGUUUGAUCGCAUUUGCCAUAAAAUAUUUUCAUCUGAAUAUAUCAGAAAUGUCAAUAAGAAAAAAAAUGGAAUAGUAGAAGGCUGUAUAUUUAACGAAAACGAAAUAGAGAAGAAAAAAAAUUCAAGUACAUUUGAUUGUAUAAAUCAAAAGUUGUUAAAAAAGAGUAAAAUGUUAUUUUACAUUUGGUCUAAUAAUUUAAAGAAAAUAAGAGUUAAUGAAAUAAUGGAAAAAGAAAAAAUAUUUAUUGACCUAGAUGAAGAACAUAAUUAUUUAAAAAAAGAAAAUAUACAUGUAUUAAAUUAUAUUGAUUUAUCAACUUUUCAUACAUAUUGUUCAUUUUAUAAAUUAAGUGUACAAGAUUUAUUAUAUGAUGAUAACAAAAUAAAUUAUUAUAGUAAAAGAUAUUUUAUAAAAACUGAUCAUUUAAAUAGUGAUCCAUUAAAUGAAAAUGCAACUAUUUUUAUUUGGGGUAAUAAAUAUAAAAAUUUACAAAAUUCAAAAAAUUAUAUUUAUAAAAAAUUUCAUAAUAUAUUAUACUAUUAUAUUACUAUCCUUAUGAACAAUAUAUUGAAUCAUACAUUUUAUUUUGUCUUUAAUAUGAAUAAAGAAAAUAAUUAUGAAAAUUUUAUUAUUUAUCAAAACAAAUAUAUAUAUCCAUUUAAAAAUAUUCAAAUUAAUUAUCAUAAAGACAAAUAUAUAAAUAAUAGUAUUUCUUUAAAAAAUACAAACAUACAUAAUAAUAAGGAAACAAUAUCUGAUUUUUAUAUAGUGGAAAUUUGUCAUUCCUUAAAUGGUAUUACAUUCAAACAGAAUUAUAAUAUCUUAAAGAAAAAAUUAAACAACCUAUAUUUUAAUAUAGAAUUUGUUACAUAUAUAUUUCAAUUCCCUCCAGUAUUCUAUCACAUAAUAUUUAUUAUAUUAUUUUCACUACUAAUUACUUAUAUAUUCUAUAAAAUUUUUAUCAAAUAUAAAAUGUACAUAUGA